AUGAACCCAUCUCUGUUCCAAAAUUACACUUGGAACAACAUCAUCAUCAACAACAACAACAAGAGUGAUGAUCAUCAUCAUAACGAUCCAAUCGGUAUGGCAAUGGACCAACACACCCAUCUCCACAUCUUGAACGCUUUCACUUCUUCCUCUUCUUCUCAUUUUCCUCCUCUCUCUUCUUCCCUCACAACAACCACUCUUUUCUCCGGAGAUCAAGAAGACCAAGAAGACGAAGACGAGCCUCUAGAGGAACUCGGCGCUAUGAAAGAGAUGAUGUACAAGAUAGCAGCCAUGCAGCCCGUCGACAUCGAUCCAGCAACCGUCAAGAAACCCAAACGCCGUAACGUUCGGAUCUCAGAUGACCCUCAGAGCGUGGCGGCGAGACACCGCCGUGAGAGAAUAAGCGAGAGGAUCAGAAUCCUCCAGAGACUCGUCCCAGGUGGCACCAAGAUGGAUACAGCUUCAAUGCUCGACGAAGCCAUACGCUACGUCAAGUUCUUGAAACGGCAGAUCCGGCUACUCAAUAAUCCUCCUCGGCCGCAAGAUCAAGCUUCUCAGGCGAUGACGACGUCAUGGGCUUCGCCGCCACCACCGCCAGAUUUCUGUGGUGCUGGUAGAGGAAGAGAAUUGAUCUAA